UUCACUCACACAUCUGCCUCGGACCCGCUCCGCGUCCUGACUGCAGCUCGGCUCCGUGACAACGACAUCUUUCCUCUUGCAGGAACUCAAUCUUACAGAUGAGAACGACAAAAAUGCUUUGCGUACAGGACUCGGGGGACUGCCUGCGGGAGCACAUGCAGUACAUGAUGAGGUCACUGCAGGACCUGAAGCAGCUGAGGAGGACCUGUCCCGCAGCCCGACAACCGCUUGCUCCCAUCUGCAACCGACUCCCGGAGUUAGCGUGCCCCUCAGCGCUGGCGCGGGCCUGUCAGCAGCGUGCGAUGCUACGCGAGCGCCGCACGCGCCUGCGGAUGUCUGACUCCAGCUCCGCCAGCACAUACGACUCUGCCUGCUGCCUGGCGAGUCACUUGGAAGAAGACGAGGACGCGGAGGAGGACGAGUCGAGCAGCCGGCUGGGUCUGAGCCUCCGACUGGGCCUGGCCUCUCCCAGCAGCCACAAGAGUCUGGAGUUUGAUUCGGGCUACUCGGAGGCGUCGUGGCAGGAGGAAGGAGUUGUUCUCAGGAGGACGAGGAACGUGCGGGUUUCUUCUUCAGCCUGCCUGCGCACAAACAGAGCGCCGAGCGGACGUAUCCGACCCAAAUCCACCUCCGAUGCCUGCCUAGAGAGGUGGACGUCGUUUGAGGUCAGUGACCCAGAGGACUGGACCAACUCUUUAUUGACCAGGGGACGCAACCGCCAGCCUCUGGUCCUUGGGGACAACAGCUUUGCAGACCUGAUACAGAACUGGAUGGAUUUGCCAGACUUCGCCGAGCCCGCUGACCUGAAGCCGAACUCGAGACCCAGGCCGGGAAGAGGCUUCUUUGUCAACAUGAGGAGGAAACUUGCCGGGAUUUCUAAGACUGUGGAGGAGAGGGUGAAGAUGAGAUCCACGGACUCGGCUCAUCUGAACAGAACUGAUAAUGCUCAGAAACGUCUGUCCUGUCCCGUUGUGGCGUCGCAGCCCAAAGUCCCUUUUUUCCACCAGUCCCACUCAGGCAUCAAUGAGCUGGACUCAGACUUUUACCAGUUCGCUGCCCUGAUGAAGUCGGGCAGCCGAAAGCCCAUCAUCUGCAAAGACAUCUUGGGCUACGUCUGACAUGUAGAGCCACGUAUGGACAAUCCUCCGAGUCACUUUAUUUUGAUAUGACUGCCUUGUUCUCACUUGUUAUAUGCUGUGAUUAAACUAUUGGAAAUAAAAAAUGCUCACGUGUUUUAAACUCUU